GAUAAUGGUAAGUGCUAAGUCCACUAUUUCGUAUCAAUUCACGCCACGUCACCAUCUUAAAAUUCUCUCGAUCUAGUCUGAUCACCCAUUCUUAUAAAACCAAACACAAAUGCUUCCUCUCUCUUCCGCAGCUUAAUUAGCUGAGACAUGAAGAACAACAACACUAAUCGCCGUCACAUUACCGAGAAGCUCCGGCUCCUCGCCGCCGUAAGUGCCGGCGCCAUCACCGCCACAAUUCUCUUAGUCGGCUUAAGCAGAACCCCCAUUAACAACUUCAGCAACAACAACAACGAUGACAUCUCGCUCCUCUGCCCACUGAUCCAACCCAACUCGAACUCAAACUCAAACUCAGCCGCCGCCACGACGACGCCGACUCAGUUCCUCGCCAUUCUCCACUACGCCACGUCACGCGUGGUCCCACAGCAAACCCUCACCGAGAUCAAAAUCUCCUUCAGCGUCCUCCAAAUCCUCGCUCCUUGCAACUUCCUCGUAUUCGGUCUCGGACACGACUCGCUCAUGUGGGCAUCGCUAAACCCACGUGGCACGACCUUGUUCCUCGAGGAAGAUCCCAAGUGGGUCCAGACAGUUCUCAAACGCGCCCCUGUCUUACGCGCCUCCACAGUCCGCUACCGCACGCGCCUCUCCGAAGCCGACAACCUCCUCUCAACCUACGAGACCGAACCGGACUGCUCUCCCUCCAACGCGCGCCUCAAAGACACGCGCUGCAGGUUGGCCUUAACGGAGUUGCCUGAAGAAGUGUACGAGAAGGAAUGGGACAUGAUAAUGAUCGACGCGCCAAGAGGGUAUUUCCCGGAUGCGCCGGGGAGAAUGGCGGCGAUAUACACGGCGGCGGUGAUGGCACGCGCGAGAACGAGAAUGGGUGUGACGCACGUGUUCUUGCACGAUGUGAAUAGGAGGGUAGAGAAGGGUUAUGCAAGAGAGUUUUUGUGUAUGAAGUAUAAGGUGAAUGGAGUUGGGAGGCUUUGGCACUUUGAGAUUCCUCCAGCUACUGCUACUAACGAAACUGAUACUACCAGUUUUUGCUGAUAUGAGAUAUUCUGGGGAAAAAAAGAAGAAGUUAAAGUUAUAAUUCAUUUCUUAUUUUAGAUUUUUUAUUUUUUAAGGUGCCAAAUCAACAUUGUAUACGCAACUUUUUAUUGAAUAUUUAUUUAUGGAUUUGUAUGAA